AUGGCCGACCCGGCGGUGAAGAGGGUGGUGAUCGACAUCAUCCGCUCUCCUGAAGACAAGCGAGAGUACAGGGCUCUGGAGUUCACCAACGGACUCCAGGCCAUGCUCAUCAGUGACCCCACCACAGACAAGUCCUCCGCCGCGCUGGACGUGCACAUAGGUUCCUUGUCGGAUCCCUCAAACAUCUCUGGCCUGGCGCACUUCUGUGAACACAUGCUGUUUCUGGGGACUCAGAAAUACCCCAAAGAAAACGAGUACAGUCAGUUCCUGAGCGAACACGCCGGCAGCUCCAACGCCUUCACCAGCGGCGAACACACCAACUACUACUUUGACGUUUCCCAUGAGCACUUGCAGGGAGCGCUGGACCGGUUUGCCCAGUUCUUCCUCUGCCCGCUGUUCGAUGAAAGCUGUAAGGACCGGGAGGUGAACGCCGUGGACUCGGAACACGAGAAGAACCUGAUGAACGACGCCUGGAGACUGUUCCAGCUGGAGAAGGCCACAGGGAACCCCAACCACCCCUUCAGCAAGUUCGGCACAGGAUACAUUGUGUUCAGCGGUCCCCGGCGAGCCAACGGCGUGCAGGGCCUCCGCUUCAUCAUCCAAUCAGAGAAGGCGCCUCACUACCUGGAGAGCCGCGUGGAGGCCUUCCUCUGCACCAUGGAGAAGGCCGUGGAGGAGAUGAGCGAGGAGGCCUUCCAGAAGCACAUCCAGGCCCUGGCCAUCCGCAGACUCGACAAACCCAAGAAGCUGUCGGCCGAGUGCGCCAAGUACUGGGGCGAAAUCAUCUCCCAGCAGUACAACUUCGACAGAGAUAACAUUGAAGUGGCCUAUCUGAAGACCCUGACGAAAGACCACGUCAUGAAUUUCUACAGAGAGCGACUGAGGGUGGAGGCCCCGAAGAGACACAAAGUUUCGGUGCACGUCUUGUCGAGGGAGUUGGACACAUGUCCCAUCGUGGGCGAGUUCCCCUCACAGAAUGACGUCAACCUGGCUCCGGCUCCAUCUCUGCCUCAGCCGACUCUGGUGCAGGACAUGACUGAAUUCAAGAGGAACCUGCCGCUGUUCCCUUUGGCAAAGCCCCACAUCAACUUCAUGGCAGCCAAACUGUGA